GAGAACAAGCGCCGCUAUCGCGCGCGCCGCAAGGAAUACGUGGCCGAUCUCGAACGAAUGUUGAAAGAGGCGCGGGAGCGUGGUGUACAAGCUACGAAGGAGGUGCAACUUGCGGCUCAGCAGGUUGUGCAGGAAAAUGCUAGGCUCCGGGAGCUCCUCGGCCUUGCUGGUUUCAGUCACGAAGAUGUUGAC